AUGUCACAUCCUAACUCUAAUCUGGACGAUAAGUUUAAGGACCCUAAUUUGGUAGGUGUGUCAUCACCGAUACCGAUAAGAACGACAACGUCAAUUGGAAGUCAGCUUAGACACCCCGAAGCGCAUCCUUUUCAUUUGGACGAUAAUUCGAGGUCAUUUACGCCUACAACUUGGGACUCGGUUCAAAAACAUGUAACUGCCAGACGACCAUCGUACAAUUCAAUUGUCAAUUAUAGGGAAAAGUAUUAUAAUUUGGAUUACCCAAAGGAUGGCAAUGUACUAGCAAAAUUACAAUUGGAUCCUAACUCUAGAUUUUAUGCGAGAUCCAGACCCAGGACUUUGAAUCCACCACUGUUGUUGCCAUAUCGGAUUGAAUCCCCCGAGGAACAAGCUAAAUUUUUGAGCCACAUUGUAUCCCAUUUGUAUAUUGCCAUCAAAUCUUUGGACAUUCAAGGGACACUAUCUAUAAGUGCCAAGGACUUGGCUGCUUUGAAAGACUCAAUUUCAGAUGUUGAUAUUGCCUUGGAAACUAACUUAUUCGAAAUCAACACCGCUGAAACACAUGAGGACGAGCCCAUGACGGAUGAACUUGAAACGUCGGAUGAAGAGAUGGAAGAAGACGAUGAAGGCGAAGAGGAGGAAGAGGAUGACGAGAAUGAUAAAGAUGCCACUGUACAGCAUAAAAGAUCACCCAAGUCAGCUGCGGUCGUUACAGUGCGCACAUGGACUCAUGAAUUGUUGAUAUGGCUCAAGAUGAAGUACGACAUGCCAGUUUCGUUGAAAAUAAGAUUGGCUCGAGUUUACUUUGCUUUGUGUCUUUGUCGUGGCCAACACAUAGGUAUAAAAACAUAUGUCCGGGUCUUUGAGAUUUUAACAAAGGAUCAAAAAUUACUUUACGACCAAGGGUUGAGAUUGCCCUGGGAGGAUUUGUAUAAAGAGUUGCAGCUCUUAUUUCCGUCACCUGAUCAAGCUUUGGGCCCUUUUGAAAAGAAAGAUCAGAAACAAUUGGGCAAAUUGGCCUCUAAAGCUUCCUGUUUUUUCGACCCCAAAAGCUUGCCUAUAAUAUUUGAAAAGUUAGGUUCCAAAUUUUCUGUGAAUACGUCGGCAUUGACUAUCUCAUCUUUUUCGUUGUUGCCGAUAAACUUUACUCCUGGUGGCGUUGGCGAUGAAUACGAUAUCCGCCAUUACCUAAACCCAUUGUUUUACAUGUGGCUAAAAAUCAACAAAAGCAGGGGACUUGAUGACCACAUCACAGGCCGAUUGGGUGUCAUUGUAAUGUCCACGUUGUUUAGAAUGCACGACGACAUAAAGGUAAGAGAAAUUGUUGAAUUGGGCAAAUUUGGUAUCUUAUCUCAAAACCAAAUGGAAUUUCUAUUCAAUGAGUUGAUCAACAGUUUGUGCAUUAGAAAUGAGAAAUACGCAUCAAAGAAACUGAAGUACUUUCAUGGAUUUGCGUCUGCGAUUGUGUUUUCAAUCGUUGGCGACUCUAGUUUGGAAGAAGGUGGUAUUAUAUACUUAUUGAAAACAUUGAUCAAUGCAAUUGAGAGCUACAUUCAUCCAUCAAAUACAGGUGAGUGGACCAGGGCUAUAUCCAGAGCCCUUUUAGCACUCAUCUAUCAAUUUCACAAGAGAUAUAACUUAGAAACUCAACCUGAUGGGAACCUUUACAAUAUUCCAUCUGAAGUGAAGAUUUCCCCAAAUGUGGUUAAAGAGUUUGUUAAGAUUAUGCUUCCAGUAGUAAAGACUGGUAUACAAUCAAAAAGGGAUGAUGCUUCUGCCGAAUAUGUGACUGCACUUCAACUUUUAUCCUUCCUUGAGCCCAACUAUGUUUUGGACUAUACUUUAUUGGACAUAUAUGAGUCCUUGGAAGGAGUACUUUCGACACAUAGAGUGAUUAAUGCUUUAAGGAUGAUUGACUCUAUGGCAAGAGCCAUUGUUUCAACACCCAUUUUCCGAGUUCAUUUGACGCGCAUCUUGCUGUUGAUUUUACCCGGAAUUGACUCUAAUGACUUGGAAAAGACAUUACAGACAUUGGAGGUUUUCUCCGCUAUAUGUAACUACGCCCCCAUUUAUGAUUUGAACAAAGAGUAUGGCGAUGCUUCACUUGCAAUGGAAUUCAUUCAGAAUCAUAUUGAAUAUUUGAAGAGAAAGAUUUACAAUGGGAAUAUUGAAGACUUUGAGGUGGACAAAGAAACAGAAGUUGCUGCAUUGGUGUCAUCUACUUCAGCAUUCAAGGAGAUUUUCAAGUCUUUGGUGCAAAAAUUGCCUACCUUGCUCGAAAAUUUACCAGAUCCAACCAAAAGUUCUGGUCUUGAACUUGAUUUGGCAAUUUCCCUACCCAAAUUUUUCUUUGUUAUUUUUGAGUCAAUGUCGGAUGAUAUUUUUGGUACAUUUAAGAAUGAGUGGUUUGAGUAUGUGUUCAACAACGUUCAUCAUACAAAGGCAAACAUCGUUGCUGAGCUUAGUGGUGCUAUAGUCAGACGUGAUCCGAAAUGCUUCAAAAAAAAUGCACGCAUUUUAAUUGAAAAGAUUCGUGAGGAGAUUGAUGAGAAUGGUGCUGGCGUCUCAAGAACAGGUGAGGAGAUUGUUCCUCGUGACCAAGCUUUAUUUUGGAAUUUGACAAUUUUAGAUAAUUGUGUUGUUAACGCAGGGCCACAGCUAGUGAAUAUGCACAAAGAAUUGAUGGAGUUUUCAACUUAUCUUAUGCAGCAUGUCAAAGGACCAUGCGUUUUUCCUUCAACGAUCUUUGUAAACCAAGUUUUGCAAUCGGUUACCAAAAUAAGAAUCAAUGAAAGUCGAUUGGUAUCUCCGGAGUAUGAAAAGGAGCAUGGAGUUGAUGAAAGCUGUUGGGGAGGUUUUUGGGACUCCAAAGAUAGAUUCAAAAAUAUUUCAUUUGACUGGUUUAUUCCAACAGAAAAGGAAGUAAAUUUUGCAUACGAAUUUUUCAACGAUCAUAUCACCAUAUGCACGAAAAACGUCAUUGCCUUGAUGAAAAACUACGAACAGGAACAAUCCAAAUCAUCACUUUCGAUUCUUGACGAUUUGCGAAAGAAUAUUUUGUAUUUUGCAUAUUCAUUAAGUGGAAUAUCGUUUUUGUUGGAUCCAUCAUUUGAGGAAGAUAUUCCAAAUUUAAAUCACGAAGCUGAGUCGAUUCAACAAAGACUUUCUUUGUUGAAACAAAUUAGAGACAUCAAAGAUGUGUCCACUCAAAAGGACUUCUUGUAUGAUGACAAAGUUAGUGAGAACAUGCAACAAAUUUUGAAUGAUUUGCGCAAUGAGGAUCUCAUUGAUUAUAUUGCUGACUUUGAUAAAAUGAACGAGAUAAUUAAUGAGCAUGAGAUGAAGGAAGAGGACGAGACUACAAAGUCCACACCAGAAGGUAAGCAUACCUUUCAUCGUCACUUUCGAGUCCCAGACAGACCAGACUCUACCGCACCUGAAGCGUUAUCUGGUAGAGAAACUCCACGAAUUGAAGGAAUUCAAAUGUCAUCAAUGAACCCGGCGAUUACUUUUAGAGAAAAAAGUUUGUACACAUCCAGCUACUUUUUUGGUGAUAAUUCUCGUCAUAAAGAACACAGAGACUUGUACUUGAAGAUUCACAAGACUAGACACUUGAUUGGAAGGAGUUUGCACUUGAUUCACAAAUUUUUGGCCAGUAAUUUUCAUGACAACACUAAAAUAUUCAAGAACCUUUUAUUUGCAACAAAUGCCUGGAUAUCAGAUGUGGGUAGAGAAAGACUCCUCAAGCCCAGUAUCGCUGAGAUUGACUACGGGUACGUGCAAUACCUUCAAACGAUCAAUAGGGUGAGAAAGCCAUUCACACGUAUUGCCAUUGGAGCAAGAUUGGAGGCGUACCAUCAAGCCAGAGUAGCAUUACAUGCAACUUCAAGGUCAGAGACUAAUUUGGAUCGGGUUUUGUUGGAAGACGUAAUCAAGCUCUCUAGCUCCACAUACACCAACAUUGCUGGUAUUGCUCAGAAGGUUUUAUUAGAUUGUAUGAGGAGACUCAGUGGGUCAUACAAUCAUAUCAUCAGGUCAACAUUUAAGAAUCUCACCAAGGCGUUGGAUGCAAGUGAUGAUCGACAGAUUGAAAGUAUUUUAAAGGUUUUUAUGUUGCGUCGGAUCAAGGCUAAAUUGCAAAAUGAUUAUCUCAAUGUUCAAAAGUAUGUUGCAUUACUUUACAGAUGUCUCAAAGUGGAUGAUCCAAAAGUUUAUAAGCUAGCUCAGACUUUGUAUGCUGGUGUUGGUAGAGGAAUUAGUACCCCCAGUGAUGUGUGCUUGAUUGAUCAUGAAGCAAUUGAUCAAAUAAGACCUCCUGAUCAGUACAUUGAUUUGGAGAUCAAGGCGGUUCAGUUGGCUAAGGAAAAGAAACGUAAGUUGUAUUUUGAAAAGUUGGAGAACCUCCAGGAUAAAGUGUUUGAAGAGAAGGAAAACGUCGCUCACUGGAAGAUUACUUUGCUGAACCUGGAGCUAUUGCUGAAUAUACAAGCUCAUUUGGACAUUCCUACGAGAGGCAAUAUAUUGGAGAUGUUUGUUAAUGAGGCUUCAACUGAGCAUCCAAUAAUUUCAAGACAUGCGCUACAAAGUAUAACUAGGGUCUUGAACAAGUUGAAUGUGCUUAGUCAGUAUGAUUAUGAGCUUAAAAACUUGUAUGAUAUGGACUAUGUGGCUCGAGGCUUGGAAGUGGUGGAUACAAAGUCUACCGAUGGAGAAUCUUUUACGUCAAAAUGGGUGAAUGAACUUCGUAAUAAUAGUCAUCCUAAUUUUUUUGUGGAAACAAAGCCUUACUCGGGUUGGUUGUUUUGGGGUGAUGAAAUUGAGGUAGUUUCUGCAAAACUGGGAAAUAACCUAAAAUUGAGUGAGGAAAACCAAGCUGCAUUAAGGAGACUUGGCCAUUCCAUAGACAAGGAAUGGCUUUUGAGAAUAGUAAAGAUGUGGGUUUCAGAGGCAGAAAGCAGCAGUGCUUUUCAAGUGUCUGAUGUCAUGUUUAUUGCAAUUUUGGCCUUGUUAAUAUCCAAUGGUUACACGCCUAAAUUAGCAUAUUCAGACUUAUUGUCAGUUGUUGAUGAGAUUUAUGACAGUGAGGAGAAGAGCGCUAACAUUAUUACAUGCGAGUUAUUUUCGGGAGUUUUAUUGAGUUCUAAACACACGGCACCACAGUACUGGGAGGAGAGAGACGAGUUUGUUAUCAAAUACUUGAGAAAGAUUCUCGAGCAUGAUAUAUCACCCGGAACUCUGGCAACAUGGGGUGUUUUCUGCCUUUGGGUUCCGGCUCAUACCGAUUGUAGGAGGUUUUACAAGGUUAUUGAAGAGAUUGCCAAUUUCAAGUUGGAUCCAAAUUCUGACUCUGCUUUUAAGGAUUCAACGAGGAUAAGUUAUAUCAAGUCGGUAAUCUCUUCCACCUCAUGGAGGUUAGCUGACCCUGAUAAAAUUUUGGACCUUUGCUUUGAAAAUAUGAAUCACAAGUACAACUUGGUAAGAAACGAGAUCGGUUCUUUAAUGGCAGUGGUCUCGUUGAAUUAUUAUGUGGAGUGCAUCAAGGAUUGUAAAACAUUUGUGCAAGGUUGUAAUGAUCAUAAAGAGUUGUUGUUGUAUGAAAAGAGGGGUAAACUAUUUGAGGAGAUCCCAAAACUAUUCGCACAAACUGAAAAAUGGAGAGCCGAAGUGGUUCACUUGAAUCCACAAGAAAUUCUCGUUUCCAAUUAUAUCAAUUCAGCUACUACGAUUUUGACUUGGUUGAGACAGGAGCUCAAUACCAAUUUGAGUAUAUUGCUUCAAGAUCUCGUUCCCACCCACAUUGUUCCCUUUCUUCUCGAACUCAUCAACUUAAAAGAAGUAUGUCAGUUGGGAAAUAUUGAUCCAAUAACGGUGUUGAAGAAGACGUCACAAAUCUCCUUCACAGACCAUCAUUUGAAUGAUGUUGUUGUGAUGUUGGAAUUUUACUCAAAGAAAGAGUUAAACAUUGUCCAGUCUAUUGUUCUUGGUGAAUUUACCGAAACCAUAUUUUUCAAAAAUUUGUUCAAAUUGACAAAGGAACAACGUGAAAGGAUUGUCAACAUCACAAACUCUUUGCUUUAUCAUAAACAUGUUGAAGUUAGAGAAGCCGAGGCCGAAACAUUGGCGGGAUUGAUCCAUAUGCUACCAUUGAAUGAGGUGGAUGAGAUUGUCAAAAAGUUCAGUGAGUCUUACUCACAACAAUUGGAUCAAACAAGGGAAAAGUAUAAACGUAAUUUCAAAAAUAUUACUCCAGCAGAUCAUAUAACUUUACAUGGUGCUACUUUAGGAUUGGGAGCCCUAAUCAACGCAUUCCCAUUUACAUCACCUCCACCAAAAUGGAUGCCUCUGUUGUUAUCGACACUUGCAAAUAAGAGCACCGGUAUACCUGGUCUCGUGGGGAAAACUGCAAAGGAAACGCUUGGACGGUUCAGAAAGGAUAGACAGGACAGUUGGCAUGUCGACAGUAAGGUGUUUAAAGAGGACGAAAUCCAAGACCUUGAAGGUGUUCUAUGGAGAAGUUAUUUUAUUUAA